AUGUUCGUGUUUGAUGUAGACAAUAGUGGGAUCGACUCAGAUUCUUUCUACGCCUCGCUUAUCAAUAGCUCUACUCAUAAACCUCACCUUAGGAAAAUCCACGCACGUUUAUUCGUAUUAGGUUUACAGUUCAGUGGUUUCUUGAUCACCAAGCUCAUCCACGCAAGCUCUGCCUUUGGUGACAUUUGUUUCACACGCAAGGUGUUCUACGAAUUGCCUCGCCCUCAGAUAUUCCCUUGGAAUGCUAUUAUAACAGGCUAUUCAAGAAACAAUCUCUUCCGAGAUGUGCUUCUCAUGUAUUCAAAGAUGCAACUCGCUCGUGUCUCUCCUGAUUCUUUCACUUUCCCUCAUCUUCUUAAAGCUUGCAGCGGUUUGUCUUAUCUUCAGAUGGGUCGGCUUGUGCAUGCUCAGGUGUUUAGACUUGGAUUCGAAGGUGAUGGGUUUGUUCAGAACGGUCUCAUUGCGUUGUACGCGAAAUGCAGGCGUAUGGGGAGUGCAAGAGCUGUGUUUGAAGGACUGCCAAUGUUUAAGAGAACGGUGGUCUCGUGGACGGCUAUUGUCUCAGCUUAUGCUCAGAACUGUGAGCCUGUGGAGGCGUUAGAGAUUUUCAGUCAGAUGAGGAAGAUGGAUGUGAAGCCUGAUUGGAUAGCUUUGGUAAGCGUUCUCAAUGCUUUAACAUGUUUGCAAGAUUUAGAGCAAGGUAAAGCUUUUCAUGCUUCGGUUGUGAAGAUGGGUCUUGAAACAGAGCCUGACAUGCACAUCUCUCUCAACACCAUGUAUGCAAAGUGUGGCCAAGUCGAAACCGCCAAGAUUCUGUUUGGUAAGAUGAAGUCACCAAACUUGAUUUUGUGGAACGCAAUGAUCUCUGGAUAUGCGAAAAACGGUAAUGCUAAAGACGCUAUUGAUAUGUUUCAUGAGAUGAUUAAUAAACGUGUGGAACCUGACACCAUCUCUAUAACAUCGCUAUUGAUAUGUUUCAUGAGAUGA